GCUGGGAGAUCGCGUAUUCGUGAGCUGGGCAGCUGUCGGGACAGGAGUCACUCGCAUCAGGCCAGGCAGCUCAAGCGGCAGCGGAGGAGCCGGGGUUCUGUGGUGCAGAAGGCGCGCGGGGCCAUGGCGCUGCGGAUCAGCAGGAAUACCAGAGUCAACGCCGAGAACCAAGUGAAGAGCAAUGUGGCCGCUGCCAAGCGGGGAGUGGCUGCUGCCAAGCCCGGCCUCAGGCCGAGAACUGCCCUGGGCGACAUUGGCAACAAAGUGGGCGAGCAGCCGCCCAAAGCGCUUCCCAAAAAGGAAACGAAGCCCCCCAGCGCUGCGGUGAAGCCCCUCGCCAGGAAAGCCACGAGAGCCGCGGAGAAGGUGAUCGAGCCGGCUAAGGAGCAGAAGCCAAUCCCUGAGCCUGCUAAGUUGGAGUCUCCAUCCCCAAGCCCAAUGGAGACCUCUGGAUGUGUGCCAGCAGAGGAGGUGCUGUGCCAGGCUUUUUCUGAUGUCUUGCUUGAAGUGAAAGAUGUAGAUGUAGAUGAUGGUGCUGACCCAAAUCUCUGCAGUGAAUAUGUAAAGGACAUCUAUGGCUAUCUGAGAGACCUUGAGAAGCAACAAGAUGUCAGACCAAAAUACCUGGCAGGCCAGGAAGUUACUGGAAAUAUGCGGGCUAUCCUAAUUGACUGGCUUGUGCAGGUUCAGGUGAAAUUCAGACUACUUCCAGAAACUAUGUACAUGACUGCUGCCAUCAUUGAUCGCUUCCUGCAGGACAACAGUGUGCCCAAGAAGAUGUUGCAGCUGGUUGGUGUCACGGCUAUGUUUAUUGCCAGCAAGUAUGAGGAAAUGUAUCCUCCUGAAAUUGGGGACUUUGCCUUUGUAACAGACCACACUUACACCAAGUUCCAGAUCAAACAAAUGGAAAGGAAGAUUCUACAAGCUCUAGACUUUGCCUUGGGCCGCCCUCUACCACUACACUUUCUAAGGAGGGCAUCAAAGAUUGGAGAGGUGGACCUAGAACAGCACACUCUAGCCAAAUACCUGAUGGAAUUAUCCCUGGUGGAUUAUGAAAUGGUACACUACCCUCCAUCCCAGAUUGCUGCAGCUGCUUUUUGCUUGGCUCUAAAGGUUCUUGAUGGUGGAGAGUGGACACCAACUCUACAACACUACAUGUCUUACACUGAGAGUGCUCUUCACCCUGUCAUGCAACAUAUGGCAAAGAAUGUGAUCCUAGUGAACCGGGGCCUUACAAAGCACAUGACAGUCAAGAACAAAUAUGCCAGCAGCAAAAAUGCUAAGAUUAGCACUCUUCCACAGCUAAACUCUACAGUCAUACAGGAUCUGGCUAAGCCGGUGUCAAAAGUGGUAUAACUUUUUUUAUAUAUAAAACUAGCAGAAUUAGAUUAAAGUUGGCACCAUGUGCCAUUGUAUGUUUGUGCAUGUGUGUGUAUAUAUAAUAUCUUGUCCUUGACCUAAAGCUUUUAAUAAAGCAUUUUAUGCUU